AUGCCUUUUGAACAAGCCCGGGACAACACAGUCCUACAGAUAUACUUGAUAGCCCAGAUCAGUGAUCCAGGUGCGUCUAUGGCGCAGGACUGUUCCGGGGUGAUUCUACUAGUACUGAUUUUUGUUUCGCUUGUGACAUUGACACUGCUGUAUCUGUAUGUCUCUCGAAAUUUUGCAAAGCUUCUCAAUCUCGAAUCCCCAGAGCCACUCGCAAAUCUAUAUACAAGAUCAUAUUUUCGCGCAACAUGGGUCAUGACUGCACUAGAUGCUGGCUUUUGGACCGCCAUGAGAAUAAAAAGCAAGUGGUUGAGAGACUUGUGUAGUAUAAUCUUUAGCCUGUAUUAUCUGGUGGCGGCCGAAAGAGCAGAUGAGAAAGUUCGUCGAGUACGUGCAACAAUUACAGUCGAGCAUAUGCGUAUAUCUUGGAACAAAUCUACAACUCCAUAUCUCAAAGCGCUUACGAACUUCCUUCAUCCAAGGCCCAAUAAGUUUGGACCUCGUCACAUCCGCAUUUCCCGUCCUAAAGAAUCAGUAUAUCGUACACCUGUCGACGCCUGGAUAUAUUUUGAAGGAACCCGAGAGGAACUCCAAGCAUGCAAGAAGAUAAUUCUUGAUUUUCCCGGCGGAGGCUUCGUCUCAAUGUCACCUCGACAUUAUGAUGACUCUCUUCUCUAUUGGGCUAGAAAAUGCCCUGGGAUUCCUGUUAUUGCCGUGGACUAUAAACUCGCUCCAGAAUUUCCAUAUCCAUACGCCCUCAACGAGUGCUAUGAUGUUUAUCAUAGUAUCGUCUACACACGGGGUGCGUGCGUUGGAUUAUCUGGGGAAGUCCUACCAAGAAUAGCGUUAAGUGGGGAUUCGGCGGGAGGGAAUUAUGCGGCUGGGGUUACUCUAAUGAUCCUCAAUUCUACAAGUACUAGCUCUACAGGGCAUUUGAUGGAAGAGGGUUGGCAAGGCCUCCCGUUACCGGAUGGUCUAGUUUUAAUUUACCCAUCCCUGGAUCUUAGCAUCAGUUCCUGGAUGAGUGAUGACCAGAUGAAACUAGUUCGUCAAAAGGGUAUGAGGAGAACAAACAAGAAUGUCGUAAAAAGAAAAAGCGAAUAUUUUGAGAAGGCCAGCGGCAUUGAACCAGAGGUAAAGGGGAGGGACGACGAUAUCGAUGAGGAUGAGGAAAGCGAUACCGAACCACCCAUAGGAAAUAAGACUGUGAUCCCGAGAGUGGACUUGGAUAAAAAGUUCGACGAUAAUAAAGUUCCCACCACUAUUACUAGCAGACCGAAGCCACUUUCAACAAGGCUUGCAAUGGCAUCCCGGCUCUCAUACUUCAAUGACCGUAUUCUCACUCCGGAGAUGAUGCGCGCCAUGGUAAUUCUCUACAUUGGCCCUCAUAACCGUCCUGACUUCACCACCGACUUUCUUCUCUCUCCAAUCGUCGCCCCCGAGAGCUUGUUAGCACGAUUUCCUAAGACCUUCUUCCUCACAGGAGAACGAGAUCCUUUAGUUGACGACACCGUCAUUUUUGCUGGCAGAAUCAGACAGGCCAAACAAGACGUCUGGCGUCAUCGGCGAGACAUGGGGCUGGAGCAUCGGUACAGCUUGUCAGAUGAUGGAGUGGAAGUUAGUUUGAUUCCCGGAAUCAGUCAUGGAUUCUUACAGAUGGGAGCACUGUAUCCCGAGGCAGCCCGGGAGAUCAGUAAGUGUGCCGCAUGGCUGAGAGAAAUAUUGGAAGAUAAGCCUGAGGACGAAGGUGAAAAGUUGGGAAAUGGCACCUGGAGAAAUCACGAAAGAAGCUUUACAGGAGGAAGUAUGACAAGUGGGGAUGAGGACAAGCCUUUAGAAAUGGCACUUCUUCCCGGAAGAGGCAGAGCCAAGACCAACGGGGUAAGCAGGGGAAGAGGGUAUGGUAGAAAAGGUAGUAAUGGUAGCCUGGGGAGUGAGAUCGACUUGGUGGGUAGGAGAAUGCAAGGUCUAGCAGGCCCAUUAACCGCGAGAAUCGACGAUGAUGAUGAUGAAGGGGACGAACUGAUGUAUUAG